CUGAGCCCAAGGAAGGAGAAUGGUUCUAAAGUACCUAAUUUUCAUUUGUCUUUUAAUAUGCUGCUCUAGCGAAUUUUCUCCUGAGCUUGCACGUAUUGUCGAAGGCGAAGUUCUGGGCAUUGAAAAGGUUCCAUGGCAAGUGUCCUUACUGUACCAAGGAACUCAUCAUUGUGGUGGCGUCAUCUAUGAUAACGAAAUAAUCCUUACUGCUGCGCAUUGCGUAGUUGGAUAUUCGACUUCAAAAUUAACGGUUCGCGCUGGAUCUACCAUUUCAAUAUGUGGCGGCCAACUAGUAUCUGUAGCAAAGAUUUUAGUUCACGAAGACUACAGUCAUAGUCGGCGUACCAACGACAUAGCUGUUAUAUUAUUAAAAGAUAGGCUUUCUUUCAAUAACGCUGUUCAUGCCAUAAAACUUGCCAGAAGCAGUCCUGCCCAUGGCGUAAUUGCUUUCGUCUCCGGUUGGGGUGCGCUCGAUGAAUGUAGAGAGCAGCGCUCGGAUCACCUGCGGGGCACUCAACUAAAAAUUGUUGGACGUGAGCAGUGUGCCUCGGAAUCGUACGGUUACGGCGAAAUGGCUGCCAUCGAUACAAUUUGUACCUAUGCUCCUGGAAAAAGUCCUAACGGAGGCGACUCUGGAGGGCCACUGGUUUAUAAAAACGAACUUGUUGGCCUUGUGUCGUGGGGUAUUGGAUGUGGCCGAGAGGAAUAUCCGGGAAUUUUUGCGGAUGUGGCUUACCAUCGAGAGUGGAUUUUGAACGCAAUUCAAAGGGUUCGAAAUUUGAAGAUAAAUCAAAUUUAAAUUAAAUUUAAAGAUACUUCCGUUUCAAGAAAUAAAAACUAAAAAUCAAGUUUCUAA